AUGCCACCGAAGAGCAGUGAUAAAGGCGCUAGGAGGUCUAGCGGAAAGGCCCAAAUAAGCAUUCCGAAGGGCGACAAGGCGAAGAAAAAGAAGUCGCGCAGGAAGGAGAGCUACGCCAUCUACAUCUAUAAAGUGAUGAAGCAAGUCCACCCGGAUACGGGAAUAUCAUCCAAAGCUAUGAGCAUCAUGAAUAGCUUCGUCAACGAUAUUUUCGAACGGAUCGCCAGCGAGGCAUCCCGUUUGGCUCAGUACAAUAAACGGUCGACGAUAACUUCGCGAGAGAUUCAGACCGCCGUUCGUUUGUUGCUGCCGGGAGAGCUUGCGAAACACGCCGUGUCCGAGGGUACCAAAGCGGUCACGAAAUAUACCAGUUCCAAGUGA